AUGCGAGGCGAGAGAGUUGUUGCUGUUGUCGUCGUCGUGUUGGUGUCUUACGGCGUCGGACUCAGAGACGUCCACAUGUGGAGACGCGAAUCGGUCGACGAGACUCCCAACUUGACAACAAUCGACAACGGGAUCGUAAGUGUAGGAGUCGACUCCAACAGGGGAGGAUCCAUCACCUACUUCUCCGUCUCUCACAGAAAUGAAAACGUUAUUAAUGUUUACGACAUGGGGAGAGAAGUGCAGAUGUCUUUUUAUGGUGGACCCGACGACUACGAGCCCAGUGCUAACAGCGAUAGAUGUAAGAGCAAAUGGAGACCUCAAGGAAACUGGCCUUGGAAUCCUAUUGGAGCUGGAGAUGUGAGUGGAAAUUCAGGAGAAGUUCUGGAUCUUCAAAAAGACGAUGAGACGCAUGAGAUUUACGUCAAAUCCAGACCCUUACAAUGGUCAUGUCAAAUGGUACCCUGCGAAUGCACUUUCGAGAAGUUAAUCAGCCUUGACGGACCUGCCGUAAAUGUCCACGCUAAGUUGGUCAAUAAUCGUUCUGACCAUACCUCAUAUCCCGCUCAUGGCCAGGAACUCCCAGCAGUCUAUACAACGGGCUCGUUCUACAGGAUCUUUACCUACAAUGGAACAAAGCCAUUCACACACGACGAGUUGACCGAAUUCAAUACGACAGGCAAAAUAUGGACUCCGGGACAAUUUUUGGCAACAGAAAGUUGGGCUGCUCUGGUAAACGACAGCCUCUGGGGCCUCGGUGUAUUCCAGCCUUACACUAAUCUUAUCACUGGAGGUUUCGCCGGCCCACACGGAAACUAUGGACCCCACAGUGGAAGUACUGGCUACCUAGCACCGAAUCAAAUCGAGAUCCUUGAUUACAACAUUAUCUACCAAUUCAAUUUUUCAAUAAUUCUAGGUUCACUGCAGGAGAUUCGACAAUAUGUGUAUGACAAGUCAAGUAGACGACAGUCCUGCCUCGAUUAUGCUUUCACAAUCGAUAGAGAGCACUUUCGCUACGAAAAUGCAGCAGAUGCGGGUCAACCCAAAGGAUCGUGGCACAUUUUCUUAGAGCAAAACGACCCACAGAUUAUUGGACCGGCGUGUGUUUGGAUGGCGGAAGACCAUCCUACUCUGUACAUCAACGCAUCUUACAGCACCAAUCUCGGUCCGAACAACACCGCACAAGUAUUCUUCAACGCGGACGGUCGUGGCGCACAGUUCGACGAACAACACAGCGUCUCCUUUCCCAUCCAAACCGACAAUCAUUUUCACCAAUACGCGGUCGACUUGUCGUCCAGUUUGUAUUACAAAGGAGCCAUGUAUGGCAUCAGAUUCGACCCCGUGCCGUCUGGCAAGGCGGGCGCUUACGUCGAGAUUGCAAAGAUUUCUGUUCGACUGCGGUAAAAUUUCUUGGCACUCAUGCAGACGUCGUGAUAGUCUGCUUGCUUAUUAACAAACGUAUCAGGUUAGAAACGAUUGGCUGCUGCAACAGCCGACAGUAUACGUUGAUACAUAAUUUGUGUAGUCUCGCCAAAUUCCAAAAAUUACCUUUUUCGAGA